AUGCUGUCGCGAUCUCCUGCUUUGAGGGCUGCUCGCCCCAACAACAACAAUAUCCUUGUUCCUGGAUACAGGUCGCUGCAUGCUGGCUCGCGACAGCUCCGAUCCAGAGCGCCAGCUUUCAAGCAUUCCAAGUCAAGCACGACUAGUGCAUCAAAUGCAGCCCAUUCUCUCACAUCAACACAUCGCCCCUGCCGCACGCCCAACAGUUAUGAAUCAGGUCAACUUGUGACUGGAAAACGUCAUUCCUCUUCGGUUAAAGAAGAAUCGGAGUCGAAAGACGAGCCGGAUGAUUCGAUCCACGCCCUGAUUGAUAAAAUCAACGCCACCGAGGCCGAAAUUCUGGAAUUACUCGAUGAGCUCGACCUCACAGAUGAGUAUACCGGGUCAGGUGCUCCCGCCGAUGAAAUUCUUGACGAGGCCUCUGAAGUUGUUGACGAGGAUUUGCAUGAUCGACCCGAGGGCCAGACACCGGAGGAACGAGUUCAACAGGCCAGACAACUCUUCCGCGACUCUUUACCAGACGGAUUCUUGAAUGAAGAGGAAACGGUGAUAUAUACUCGAUUGUACGGCGAACCUAUAAUCCGUGAUGUUGAAGAAUACGAGGUCGAGGGCGAAGAAGAGGAGUCCGAUCGGCUUUUUCGCGAGAAUGGUAUAGGAGGGUGGGACGAAGUUGAAUACGAGGCGGGUGAAAUGGAGGCUGAUGGGCCAGUGGUUUACGAUAUGGAGUCGCCCCCGGUGAAAGAAACAGCUGCUAUGCAGCGAACUCGAGAAGUGGCUGAACAACUUGGCGCCGAAAUAAUGCUCGAAAACAUGGAGGAAGACGGCGACGAUUCUGGCCCGCGUUUCCAUCCGUUAACAACGCAGGGAAAAUUCGCGACAGAUCCGGCUACUGUAUACCCGCCUACGGAUACAGUGACGGGCCCCAUCUCCGUAAUCCUCUCCGAGGCUUCCAACAAGCAUAUCUCCGAGGCUGCUCACAAAGCAUUCGGCGGCAAGCUCCUCCCCCAAUCUACCCGGACGGCGCCUGCACACGCUCAAGAACCGCAACAGGCCAUCGGUCUAAGCGCAUCUCAGCGGUUUAUGUCGGAGAUGGAGGCCAACGCAUACAUGGCAGUUCUAUAUCCGGGGAUGUAUGCCUCGACUUUGAGUGUGUUGACUGAGAUCCGAAAGCGCCUGGGCUCGAACUGGCUAAGACCACUGAUAUCACAAGAGGGCGGACCGAGUGUUCUAGAUGCCGGCGCUGCUGGUGCCGGUAUUUUGGCGUGGAGAGAUGUCCUCCGCGCGGAGUACGAGCUCAUGGUUCCGGAUCAUCCCAAGUCGGACCCCAUCCCUAUGGGGAAAUCCACUGUUAUUACAGGGUCCGACCCGCUUCGUCUACGUGCUAGUGCAUUGCUGGAGAAUACAACCUUCCUCCCUCGACUUCCUGAUUACCUUCAUACACGGGACAGCCCGACUGUUCAUGACAAACGACCGCCAAGGCGAAAGCAGUUUGACCUCAUCAUUGCUCCUCACGCGUUAAUGGAUCUAAGCGAAGAGUAUGAGCGGAAAGAAUACGUGGAGAAUCUUUGGCAAAUGCUGAAUCCAAACGGAGGUGUUUUAGUUCUCAUGGAAAAGGGACACCAAAAAGGUUUCGAAGCAGUCGCCGGAGCUCGUGAGAUGCUGCUAAAGCGCUACAUCUCCAGCCCUGGCUCAACAGAGUACGACGCACACCUCGAGUCACCCGGCGAGGAAUCUAAAGUCCAAAAAGAACCUGGCAUGAUUAUUGCCCCUUGCACCAAUCACGGGAAAUGUCCCAUGUACCUCAGCGACGGCCACGCCAAGGGCCGCAGAGACUUCUGCCACUUUGAACAACGAUACAUCCGCCCCACCUUCCACCAGCGCAUCAUUGAUGCCAAGGACCGCAACCACGAGGACCUGAAGUUUAGCUACGUCGCUGUCCAACGAGGCGUUGACCUCCGGCAAACACAGGAUAUCGUCCAGGGCACCACAGCCACGGACGCCGCCUUCGAAGGCUACGAGCACCUCAACGAAGCAGGCGAGGUAGCCGAAGCCGAAGAAGUGGCACGCACUGAAGAAGAAACACCCGAACCUGUUUCUCCACCGCCAGACACAAAGUUCCACACCCUCUCUCUUCCACGACUCGUAUACACGCCCAUGAAGCGCCGAGGUCACGUCAUCUUCGAUCUGUGUACCCCAGCCGGCCAAAUCGAGCGCUGGACCGUGCCCCGGUCAUUCAGUCGCCAGGCUUUCAAGGACGCUCGCAAGGCUAGGUGGGGAGACUUGUGGGCUCUUGGAGCGAAGACUCGGAUUCCCCGGAACCUGAAGCUGGGCGAGAAGCACGGCGAAGGGAAGAAAGAACGGUUGGCGAGACGUGCUGCUGAGAGGAGUAAGAUGGAAGAUGAAGAGGAUGUGGACGUGGAAGGCGAAAUGGACGAGGAGAUUGAGCGUCUUUCAUCGAAGUUGCCUCCUGGCUUGGUACCCCCGACGCGGAAGAAGGGGGAGAAGAAAGUUCCUAGCUGGAAGAAACAGUUGGAGAACAAGAAGUUUAGGAAGGCUUCUAGGAAGCUGGCGCGGGAGGGCCUUGAGUAA